CUGGGCUUUCAGGAGAGAGACAACAGGUUUUUGGUGGUCUGGAACUGGCGCUGGGAGCAAUGAGCGUCCAGAUCCGUCCAGGAUUACACAGGGGACAUCACGGAGAAAAUCAUGUCUUUAAACUACAUCAGAAACUUCUACGAAGGAUGUCUCCGGCCUCCUACGGUCAUAGGCCAGUUCCACACCUUGUUCUUUGGAUCGGUUCGGAUGUUUUUCCUGGGCGUUCUUGGCUUCGCCGUCUAUGGGAACGAAGCUCUGCAUUUCAGCUGCGACCCUGACCGCCGGGAACUCAACCUGUUCUGCUACAACCAGUUCAGACCAAUAACACCUCAGGUCUUUUGGGCGCUGCAGUUGGUGACCGUGUUGGUUCCCGGGGCAGUCUUUCACCUUUAUGCCGCCUGUAAGAACACCGACCAAGAGGAGAUCCUUGACCGACCCACAUACACCGUCUUCUACAUCAUUUCAGUUCUUCUACGUAUCAUUCUGGAAAUAAUUGCCUUCUGGCUGCAGAGCCACCUCUUUGGUUUUCAGGUUCAUGCCUUGUACGUAUGUGAUGCCAGCUCUUUGGAAAAGGCCUUCAAUGUGACUAAAUGCAUGGUACCAGAACACUUUGAGAAAACCAUCUUCCUCAGCGCCAUGUACACCUUCACCGUGAUCACCAUACUUCUGUGCAUUGCUGAGAUAUUUGAAAUACUCUGCCGGCGCCUCGGUUACCUCAACGAUCAGUGACACAAAUGCUUGAACAGUGAGUGGAAACAUUUGACAUCGGCAUUGCCAGUUUUCACUGGAUAGAGUUCACACGAGAGCCAAAGCUCACCUGUGGUACAACGUUGGCGAGAGGCACCAAGACAUCAGAGAAAGUGAAAUAACAUCAGAACGCACCACUUGGAGAUAUUCUCUUGGUGUUUGCUGCCUUUUGGUGUAAACUGAACAUCCCUGCUUGUAUUUUAGAUGUCAGCAGGUCUGUCCUGACUGUGUCCACCGGUUUUAUUUGGACAGAUGGAAAAGUUAGAGAACUUCUACCUCCGGCUGAACUGUUAAAGAAUGAGACAAACAAUUUCAGGUUUUAUUUUAAUUCACACAAAAAAUGUGAAAAUCAGGUACCAGCAUCUUGGUUCAACUAAACUCUUUGGCUUUUUGUGGCUUAGUGCAGAAGGAAGACCCAUCCAUCCAUCCGUUAUCUUCUGCUUGUUCCAAAGUCCGGUCUC